AUGGCAUCUACGAUUGGGAUUGUAUUUACGAAUAAGGCUAUUUUCAACGAUCCGAAUUUCAAGAUGAUGCAGACUUCGUUUGCGUGUUUUCAUUUUAUAUGUACUGGGCUGACGUUGUAUGUUGUUUCGAGACCGAGGAUAGGAGCUUUUGUUCCUAAACGAGCUGGUAUUGUCGAGAUGCUGCCUCUAGCCUUCUCAAUGUGCCUCAACGUCGUCCUCCCCAACCUCUCCCUCGCCUUCAGCACCGUAACCGUCUACCAACUCUGUCGCGUCCUGCUCACCCCCAUGACCGCCAUCAUAAACUUCGUCUUCUACCACGCCACCAUCCCCGUCAACGCGGCUCUGGCCCUCAUCCCGGUGUGCCUCGGCGUAGGAAUAACAUCCUACUACGACAUCAAGCCCUCAUCCGAGCCCACCACCGUAGAAAACACUUCCUUAACAGGAGUCAUCUUUGCUCUAUCCGGCGUCCUCGCUUCGUCCGCAUACACGGUCCUCAUCGGCGCCUACCACAAGAAACUCUCCAUGUCGUCCUCCCAGCUCUUGUUGAACCAAGCCCCCAUCUCGUCCGUGAUGUUGAUGUUCGCGAUCCCGAUCGUGGACAAGAUCCCGGAUCUGACGAUCGUGCCCGAGUAUCGGUGGGCCAUGAUCGUGAUGAGCGGCGGCUUCGCGAGUUUGAUCAAUAUCAGCCAGUUUUUUAUCGUGGCGGGUAGUGGGCCGGUGAGUAGUACGGUGGUGGGGCAUUUGAAGACGGUCAGUAUUGUGGGGAUUGGGUGGGCGGUGAGUGGGAAGAGUGUUACGGAUAUGAGUGCGUUGGGGGUUUUGAUGACGAUUGGGGGGAUUGUUGUGUGA